GCAUCGUGUCAUCUCUUUCUUUCUCCCUCUCUCUCUUUCUUUCUCUCUCUCUCUCUCUCUCUCUAUGUUAUUUGCAGAGCACUAUGGCAAAUCGUCAAUAUAUUUCUUAGGCCAGCUAUCGUUCAAAGAUUAGAUUAAAUCAUGUAUAUAGCUGCAUAUCUGAUCAAAAUUGGGGACCCAAAAAUAAAAGCCUAUCUGUCAUUUUUCAACCGUAGCGACGAAUUACAUGGGGAGCUGACAAAUAAGACCAGCUGGAAUAGAAAAAACGCUCGGCCGAGAACAAAUUAUAAAGCUGUGCAGAUGAGGUAUAUUAAUAGGAGAGCUUGAGUGUCACAGUCUUUUUACUCGUGAAGACGUGGAGCUUCGUGGCGAGUCGCCGGACAACUGACAUUCUAGUUACGCAGUGAUCAUAAAAUACACGCCGUAGUGUUAUAGAUCUUAAAUCAUGGACGUGUUGGAAGUCCUCAAUUUGGGCGAUGUUGCCCAAAAUUUCUCAAAAAUGGGAAUGUUUCCAGUUUUUGAUCUUGCUUAUUACAUCGUGUCCAUACUCUACCUCAAGUAUGAACCAGGGUCAGUAGAGGUGGCUCGCAAGAGCCCCGUGGCCUCUUGGCUCUGUGCUAUGCUCUACUGCUUUGGGAGCUACAUCUUAGCAGACGUUCUGCUCGGCGGUUGCCCCCUGGACUAUUUCCAAUACAACAGCCACAUCCUCCUAGCCUCCGCUAUUUGGUACCUCGUCUUUUUCUGCCCUCUUAACCUGUUCUACAAAUGUGUGGCUUUCCUGCCUGUAAAGCUGGUGCUGGUAGCCUUAAAGGAGGUUGUCCGCACUCGUAAAAUCGCAGCUGGUGUGCACCAUGCCCAUCAUGCUUACCAUAACGGCUUCCUCAUCAUGGUCAUCAUCGGCUACGUCAAAGGGUCAGGAGUGGCUCUCAUUUCCAAUUUUGAGCAACUGCUGCGAGGUGUGUGGAGGCCCGAGACCAAUGAAAUCCUCAACAUGUCAUUCCCUACUAAAGCCAGUCUGUAUGGAGCCAUUUUGUUUACACUUCAGGAGACACACUUGCUUCCUGUGUCCAAGACCACCCUCAUCUGUCUUUUCACUGCAUUCAUGGCUACUACAAAGGUGAUUUUGACCGCCCGCCACUCUCACGGCUCUCCCUUCAUCCUCAUCGAGUCUUGGGUGUGCCACUUGCUCUUUGGCUCCCCUCUUGGAGGUGGUGAGGAGGAGCACCAUGCUGCCCCUGCCCCUGUCGCCCCUGUCUCACCAGUCAAAACCAAGGAAGAGGUUGGCGAAGGCACCCGCAAGAGGAAGUCCAAGAAAGCAGAGUAGCACGCAAACUACUACACCAGUGAAGGGGAAAAAAGGUCCCCACCCCAUCCACAAAACGCAUCUGAUCUCCCCUCAUGGUCCAGCCUUCUGUUUAGACAUGAUGGAGUCUCCCAUUCCUUGCUGGGGAAAGGUGCAGUUUGAUGUUUACCAAAUGAGUCCCUUUCUAUUGAAGGAAAUGGUGCUUUCUAUGUCAUAUCACACUGUAUGGGGAUUCUGUAAAUAGCUCACCAAAGUCUCAGACUUAAAUCAUCAUCCUAGCCAGUACAUAUCUACUUAUUUAUUUAUGUAUUCAUUGUGAAAACUGUGAAAACAUCUCUCCUACUGUGUGCAACAGCAUGUGGUGAACAGUGUUACUGCAAGUUACCUGAUUGUUUUAGGAUGGCCUUUGUUUCCAGUGCUUCUGCUGUUAGCUAUACAUGUUUUUGGUUUAAACCCAGUCAGACCUAUUUCGGUAAUGUACAGAAAUUGGAUCAAAAGCACAAUCUGACCCUUGAUCAGACAAUCAGACCACAGAAUCAAUCAGACAAUAAUAUAAUGUGAAUAAUACAUGGCUGCUUUUUACAAAGAAAACUAGUGAAAGUAAUGUCCUUUUAUUAAUAAAGGCAGGUCAGAAUUCUUA